CUAGCCCAAUCGGCGCAUCCGAUCUUGAGGAUAUGUUUUCCUCUGAUUCCAUCCUGACUCUCUUCUACUUCAACCUCGUCACUCUCUAAUUUGGUUCAUUGCCAGUCGGUCCUUUUCGGAUUCUUUUUAGAUCCAGCCAUUCUUUAAUAAAUUCUCUUCAUCAUGGCCCCUGUUUGGCCAUGGCUGAGCGCCCUCCUGGCGGCUCUGCCGGUGGCUCUGGCAGGACAUGGCGACCCCAUUGCCCAGAAGUAUAUAGUCGAGUUUGCCGAUGCCGCGACGUCGUCUGCCAGCUUCCUCACAACUCUGAAGGACCAUGGAAUCCCCGCCAGCCUCAACCAUGACUUGUCCUUUGCGCUAUUCCAUGGAGGUUCCUUCACUCUCCUCGAAAAUGACCAGAAUGAGGCUGCCAUUGUCAAGCAGAUCUCUUCAUGGCCUGUAGUUAAGAAGGUCUCACCAGUCCGAGAGCUGCAGCAGCCUCGGCGCGAGGUUUCUACUGUCGCCCAUGGCGCUUCAUUCCGUCGUAGUAUCACCUCGCGCGGCCUCCGACGCCGCGAUACUGCGGGCCACGAAGGCAAUGACUAUCCCCACGUCAUGGUCGGAGUCGACAAGCUUCGUCAGGAAGGCUACCUGGGAACGGGCAUCCGUGUGGCAGUUGUGGAUUCGGGUAUUGAUUACAAGCAUCCUGCUCUUGGAGGCUGCUUUGGAAAGGGCUGCCUGGUGGAGUUCGGUUUCAACUUCCUCGCCAACACGAGUGACCCGUGGGAAGGUCAAGAUGGACACGGAACUCACGUCUCUGGACUGAUUGCCGCUCAGCCCAACCCGUACAACUUCACUGGUGUUGCCCCGAAUGUUACUCUGGGUCAUUACAAGGUUAUCGGAAAGCCAAUCGUGAAGACCGGUACUGAUAUCGUCACUGCUGCUUUUAAGAAGGCCUAUGAAGACAAGGCAGACAUCAUCUCCGCUUCCUUUGGCACGUACAAGGGCUGGAGCGAUGAGCCAUGGGGGCAAUUGAUCCAAAAAUUGGCCGAGGCCGGUCUUCCUUCUUUCAUUGCUACUGGAAAUGACGGCAGCUACGGUCUUUUCCUCGCCUCCAAUGGUAUCGACAACUCUGCCGGCAUUGGCAUCGGAUCUGUCAACAAUCGGUACAGCCCUCUACUCCUGACUGGCGCAUCUUACUCCACCAGAAACACCACCAAACAGUUUGGCUGGCAGCUUGCAGGUACCUCCGACUUUGUAAACGGUACAUAUGCCCUGUACCCGAGCAGUCUCAAUGCAUCGGUUGUCGGUGAUUCCUGCGAGCCGUGGACGGGCGACCACCCGAACCUCUCUGACAAGAUUGUUCUCAUCCGCUACGGUGGCUGCCGUGGCAGUCAGCAGCAGGCUAACGCGGUCAAGGCCGGUGCUAAGAACAUCCUCUUCUACCUCAACGAGCCCGGUACCUACGAACUGCCCGUUCAGAACGCUGCCCUCACUGGUUUGGGUAUGGUCUCAGCCCAGACUGGAGAGAAAUGGGUGAAGCUUGCUGCAUCUGGCGCCAACGUUACCCUGCACAUGACUAGCGAAAAGUACGCCAAGACCAUCUUCAUCAACGAGACUAACCCUCAAUCGGGAGGUCAGAUCAGUGAAUUCACCCAGUGGGGUCCCAGCAAUGAGAUCCUCCCCGUGACAGCUGCUUCUGGAGUUGGUGGAUUCAUGCUUUCGACCUGGCCGCUCGCUGUAGGUGGCUAUGCCAUCGAGAGUGGUACUUCAAUGGCCACUCCCUUCGUCGCUGGUUGCAUUGCUCUUCUAAUGGAGGCUCGUGGCAAGGGCAAGGUGACUCCUGCCGAGAUCAAGUCUCUGUUGUCGACUACUUCCAACCCUAAUGUCUUCCAUGACGGUGUCACUGCGUCACCCUUCCUAGGAUCUGUUGCCCAACAGGGCGGUGGUCUUAUUGAUGCCUACAAGCUCGUGCACACUACUACUAAGUUCAAUGUGAGCACCAUCUCGUUCAAUGAUACCGAGCACAUCGCCCCGGCGUAUAUCCAAAUCAACAACACCGGCUCCUCGCCGCGUGUUUACAGAGUCGGCCAUGUGGGUGCCGCCACUGUCUACACGUUAUCGAACAACAGUACCAUUCCCCAGGAGAACAAACUCGGUAACUUCGUGGACCGUACUACCGUUGGUGCUUCGCUACAGUUCAGCUCUUCUAGCGUGCUCGUCGCCGCUGGCGGCACCGCUGUGCUCAAGGUCACUGCCACUCCCCCCAAGGGUCUUGAGUCUCGCCGCAUCCCUGUCUACAGUGGAUACAUCACUUUCAACGGUACUAACGCCAGCGACUCUUUCUCCGUUCCUUACCUGGGUGUUGCCACCGCUAUGCGCAACGUGACUAUCCUGGACACCACCGGGGACAGCAACUACCUCGUCGACAGCGUCAACAGUGAGCGUGUCCAGGCCAACCAGCAAUUCGUCCUGCCAAGCCAGGACGGUGCACUCAACCAGGCAAACACCAGCUAUCCCAUCUUCCAGACCAAGCUGUCCAUGGGUACCGAUCUGCUUCUAGUCGGUGUCAAGGCUGCCAAUGGAAGCGCUAUCCUUCCCCUGGCUAGCCCCCAGACAGCCCUGCCCCGGACCGUGGAUGGUCUUACUGGCCCCAAGGCUACUUCCUUUACUGGUCUGCUAGCAAACGGCUCGUAUGUUCCAGCUGGUAACUACUCGCUCGUUGUGCGUGCGCUGAAGAUCUUUGGCAAUCGUACUAGCCCGCGGGACUAUGAUACUGUGAAGACCGUGAACUUCGGAAUCACGUAUGCCCCUGCCGCUGCUAAUUAAUUUCCGGUGCCAAUAGCAUCGCGAAUAUGAUAUUUAUCUACGCUGGUGAACUUGGCUUGCAUCACCACUGCCAUCUAUUUUUUUUUCUCCUUUUGGGAACAACAUCUUUUAAUCUAUUGAAGGAAUGAAAGAAACCCGUUUUAUGAUUCUACACACCUAUAGAAUAAUAUUAUAAUGUUAUUGGCAGCUGUCUUGCAUACUUUGAUCGGGAUUAUAACGAGGAAUUGGAAUACAAUAAUCUCAUUGAUUGUGUAGUACUACAGUUAGCCUCCGAGACAUUUCAGAUUUAGUAAGUGCUCUAAAACCUCUAUUCAUAUGCG